CUUUUUCCAUUUAUAUUCAUCUGCAAAAACACUCACAAAAAUUUGGUUCCUUCCAAAUAUAUCAUAAAGUUCGAUACAUAUUUAUAUAUAUGUAGGUACGCCUACGUACAUAUACAAAUAUAUGGAGCAUGGAGGCAUUUAUACUACCGAUCCAAGCAUACAUAGCGGAGUUGGUGGUGAAAGGUUUACACAAUGGAGUGUGCAAGAAACACGAGAUUUCUUAAUGAUGCGUGCGGAAUUGGAUCAAACGUUCAUGGAAACAAAGCGCAAUAAGCUUCUUUGGGAAGUGAUAGCAAAAAAGAUGAACGAGAGAGGGUAUAAUCGAAGCGCCGAGCAGUGUAAAGCCAAAUGGAAGAAUCUUGUCACACGUUAUAAGGGAUGUGAGGCAGUUGAACAUGAUGGCAUGAGGCAACAAUUCCCACACUACAACGAUAUGCAAGCGAUUUUUUCAGCUCGAAUGCAAAGGAUGCUAUGGAUGGAAGCCGAGGGUGUAGCAAGCGGAUCGAAAAAGAGAAUGAUGGAAUUAUCUUCAGAUGAUGAUGAACCAAAUGAAGAAAGUCAUAUAGAAAAGACUAACAAAAAAUUGAAGACAACAAAGAGUAGUAGAACAGGAAAUAAUCCUAGCAGUAGUAUAGCUAGUAACUUGAAAGAGAUUCUAGAUGAAUUUAUGAAGCAACAAAUGCAUAUCGAGAAGCAAUGGAUGGAAAUAUUCGAGGCGAAAGAGGAAGAGAGGAGAUCGAAAGAGAUCGCAUGGCAAGAAAAGAUGGAAGUGUUAGCGAACGAAAGAAGAAUGUUGGAUCAAAGAUGGAGGGAGAGAGAGGAGCAAAGAAUGGUGAAAGAAGAAGUAAGAUCUCAAAAAUGGGAUGCUCUUGUUACUGAACUUUUAGAAAAGAUUAGAAGUCAAGAUAUGUAAUAUUGUGGACUUGUUGCUUAAAUAGUCAAGAAUUUGGUUAAAAUAAUUGUGCAUUAUUCAAAACUUGCAACGUACGAACAUGCUUUCAAAGAGUCGUUUGAAAUUUA